AUGAAUACCUUCAUCCCAGACCUCUACGACAUAACAAACCUCAUAAGCCUCACAACCUCCACCCCAACAUCCAAAACCAUACCGGAAAACCGUAUCACAACAACCCUCCCAACGCCAAACGGAUAUGCGAACGGCAAAUACAUCACCGAGCGCAUGCUCUCGCACGCCGUGCAGACGCAUUUGACAGACGCGUCAUUCGCGCGCGUCGACCAGAUCCCCGGUGUGACGCGUUCGCCCGGCCUCUAG